AAAAAAAUAUCAGGAAUUAAUAUUGUAUUCUGUACAACAUCAAUAAAACAAAGUCACUUUGACAUUAAACCCAUAAAUGUGUUCAUCUUGUUAAAAUAAGGGUUAUAACUGAUAUCCAGUUUUCUAAUUUUUACUAAUUUGAUAUAACAGUUACGGAAAGAUAUAGACAUGUGUUUGUUGUUUUUUAGACCUAAAACUUAAGUCUUUAAACCACACUUAAAAGUCUGAGAAUUAACAAUUCUACAAACUAGGGUGUGCAAAUGGCCUAGCGGUCUAUGGUGCUCCCCAUGUACGCAGAAGGCCUGGGUUCCAGUCUGGCCUUUGGCUCUUUACCACAUGUCUCUCCACACUCCCUCUCCCAUUUUCCAACUCUAUCCACUGCCCUCCUCUAUCAAAUAAAGGCACAAAAAGUCCCGAAAUAAAAAUCUUUAGACAAUUUUACAAACUACAGUCGUUAGAGCAUACUUAAGAGUUUAAGGAAUGAGGACAAACAAAGAAAAAGUCUUUAGUCACUGCAAGAGUGAGAAGAAUAUUCUGCCCAUCAGACCACUGGUCACAAUGAUGGAGUUACCAAACUACAGCAGCCAGCUGAUGCAGCAGCUGUGGGCCCUGAGGAAGGAGGGACACUUUUGCGACUGCACCAUCCUGGUGGGAGACAGCCCUCACCGUGCACACAAACUGGUGCUGGCUGCCUCCAGCAUGCUCUUCAGGUCUUUACUGGACAGCUCUGACACCAUCUCCAUCGACACAGCAAUGGUUUCCCCGCAGGAGUUCAGCUGUCUUCUGGAUAUGGUCUACACCGGCAAACUACCGAUAGGCAAACACAACGUGAGCCGGAUUGUCGCAGCUGCAGACAGCCUGCAAAUGUUCGACGUGGCUGUCGGCUUCAAAAACGUCCUCACCAGUCUCGUGAACCAGCAACCUCCGAUCUCUUCUACACAGACUUCAAACCUGACUGUGAUAAACAAAGUCAACAGCAUGAAUUGUGGUGCAUCUACUUCACCCAGAAAGGAUGAAAUGACUCAAGACAAAACAGAGUUAAAAGUGGAGAAAGACUGUACUGGUGAUGGUGAAGAUGCUGCAGAGCCAUCCUGUAAAAAAGCCUGUGUGGAGCUCUCAGAGUAUUCAGAGCCCGAAGAAGACAAUCCCUCAGAAAAUGUAGCAGAGAGAGACAACCAGACAGCCCCCAUGACACCCCAAAGUCCUGCUGCAGGUUUUCUGGGUCAUUCCUCUGAGCUCGUGGAGCUUCUCACCAACAUGUUGUCCAUCCGUGAGCUGCUGAGCCAAGCAGCACAGAGCAGCCUGCAGGACCAGGAGAUACAGGUUGUGUGUGAGUGCUGUGAGGAGGCAGAGCCGAGCUCAGCGGUGGAGAAGCUGAUGAGCAGAGUGAAGGAGGGACAGCUCAGCGAAGGAGCUCUCAUCAAGCUGCUUCACUCUGUGCAGCAGAAAUCUCCAUCCUCCUUCCCCUCAGAGCUGCUCAUUCUGAUGGAGGAGGUUGAGGGGGACUCACAGGAACCAGAAGAAAACCAAAGUGGAGUUGACUCAGAGAAACAGAAUGGCACCAAAAGUGAAGAGCAGGAGGAAGAUGAGGAGGAGGAAGAGGAGGGAGACAUCAGUAAAGAGGAGACCGAAGAGGACGAGAAAGCCACAAAUGCAACGACUGACUCCUCCUCCCCUCCCACCUCCAAACCUUACCCCUGCCGCUGGUGUAAAAAGGGCUUUGCCUACAAAUGUCGGAUGCUGGCCCACGUGAAGCGAUGCCCACUGUCCCGGGAGUGUGAACAGCAGUGUCCAGAGUGUCCCAAAAAGCUGCCAAAUCAGCGCGCUCUGCAGCGCCAUCGAGCUGAGGCUCAUCGGAACAAACCACGAGUGAAGAAGAAGGUGGCCUGUGAGCUCUGUGGACGGACCUUCGCACACCCAUCAGGCAUGAUUUACCACAAGCGCACGGAGCACUUUGAUGAAAAACCGUUUGCUUGUGAGAACUGCGGGGCAAAGUUUGGUGCAAACUCAUCGCUGAAGAACCACAUGAGGCUUCACACGGGAGAGAAACCGUUCAGCUGCAAACACUGUGACAUGAGCUUCAGUGUGGCUGCCGCACUCGCUUACCACACCAAGAAGAAACACUCAGAGGGUAAAAUGUAUGUGUGUCAGUAUUGUAAGGCUACCUUUGCUCAGUCCAUUGAGCUGACACGUCAUGUACGAACACAUACCGGAGAUCGACCUUAUGUGUGUCGGGAAUGUGGCAAAGGCUACAGCCAGGCCAGCGGACUCACCGUUCAUCUGCACACCUUCCACAAUCUGUCGGUGCCUCAUGAUUGUCAGAAGUGUUGUCUCAGCUUCUCCACAAUAGACGAGCAUCGGCAGCACCUCCAAGAGUGCCAUCCAAAGGAGUAUCACAAAUGUGCCACAUGCAGCAAGGUGUUCACCAGCGCCACCCUGCUGGAGAAACACAACAGCACUCACAUGGGGUCCAAACCUUUCAGCUGUGACAUCUGCAACAAGUCUUACCAGCAACUGUCAGGUCUGUGGUACCAUAACAGAACCACCCACCCAGAUGUGUUCGCCAGCCAAACCCGGCAGCUCAAGGCCCUGGUUCAGUGUGACGUCUGCUUCAAGUUCUUUCCUAACACAGCCAGCCUGGCUAAACACCAGUCGAUAGAACAUCAAGGUUCUGAGGCGGCAGCCAUGCAUUGUCCUCACUGCUCGGCUGUGUUGGGCGGGGAGGAAGAGUUGCAGGAGCACAUCAGCAGCCAGCAUGCCAGUCAGAGCAGCGAGGCGUUCAGCUGCGCCCUCUGCACCCUGAUCUGCCCCACCCAGCUGGAGCUGCAGGAGCACCUGAUCUCCUACCACAUGGGGGCACAGGAGGAGCAGGAGGCCACAGAGGAGCAAGCGUCCUCCUCCCACACAGUGAUGUCAGCAGAUCCAACAGUAUGUGAGGGGGCCGAGUCAAUGAACUCUGAGGGGCAGACCCACCUAGCAGCAGCACAGCAGAUGUUUGUUGCCCUGGCAACAGGAGUAGACGGUGCAGCUGCGUCUACGGAGGUGGUGGAGGUGAACAUGUUUGACCUGCUGAACAGUUCAGUCACCUUCAUCUGUGAAGACAAGGCGACAGAACCAGAGGCUCUACAGUGAACUCUCCACCUGAGAGGAAAACUACAGACUUGCUGUAUUGUCUCAACUUAACAACAGCUCAUAAAGGAAAGACUCUGUGUUGAAGCUUUAAAUGUAGAUAUUUGAACCUCCUCUCUGCUGCUCUGUAGUUUUAAUAAAUGCGGUGGAUAAAUGGUGAAUCAUUUAAUUUAUUUUAUGUACAGAAAAGUCAUUACACCAUGUCCAUUCUUGCUUUGAUUACAUUAAUUUAUUUUGUACCUACAGUGCAGUGUGGACUCGAGCUAAUCACGGUCAGAGCCAUUAUCAACAAAUGGAGAAUAAUAAAUAAACAAUAAUAAAUAAUAAAAGUCUCCUGUCACCUAAAAAAUGCUGUAUUCACAUGAGUAUAAAUAUCAGUAACAAGUGAUUCAUUUUUAUACUACAAUGUCAAACUGUCCUGUUAUCUGUAUAUCUCUGUUUGAUCUAUUGAUCAUGCACCUCAGUUCUGUGCACAUAACAUCACAUUCUUAUUGGACUAUUUUUUUGUUUGUUUUUACAAAUGAUUCUGAUUUUCAAAGUUAAUUUUUUAGUACAUUCUAAUUUAUCAUCACUGAGUUGUGAUACUGUAAGAGCCGUGCAUACAGAGUGUGCCGUUGUCUGUAGUCCACUGUAUUUGCUGUAAUAAAGUCUUUUUUUUC